AUGUCGAACUCAUUGGAACAACUUAAGGCUACUGGUACUGUUAUUGUCACCGAUACCGGUGAAUUUGAGUCAAUUGCCAAAUAUACCCCUCAAGAUGCGACCACCAACCCUUCUUUGAUUUUGGCUGCGUCCAAGAAGGAGGAGUACGCUAGGUUGAUUGAUGUCGCCAUUGAAUACGCUCAGAAUAAGGGUUCUUCACCAAAGGAGAAGGCUUCCAUUGCGUUGGAUAGAUUGUUGGUCGAAUUCGGUAAGGAGAUUUUAAAAAUUGUUCCCGGAAGAGUCUCGACCGAAGUCGACGCAAGUUUGUCAUUCGAUAAAGAGGCCACUGUGAAGAAAGCGCUCGAAAUUAUUGACUUGUACAAGUCUGUCGGGAUUUCGAAAGAGAGAGUUCUCAUCAAAAUUGCGUCGACUUGGGAAGGAAUUCAGGCCGCAAAGGAGUUGGAGGAAAAGCAUGACGUGCAUUGUAAUCUUACUUUGUUAUUCUCAUUCGUACAAGCAGUCGCUUGUGCUGAAGCUAAAGUAACUUUGAUCUCUCCAUUUGUUGGCAGAAUCUUGGACUGGUUCAAAGCCAAUACUGGUGAAGAGUAUGACGGCGAGAAUGAUCCUGGUGUGGUCUCUGUCAGGAAGAUUUACAAUUAUUACAAAAAGUUUGGCUAUAAAACAAUUGUCAUGGGUGCGUCCUUUAGAAAUACCGGUGAAAUCAAGGCUUUGGCUGGCUGUGACUACCUUACAGUCUCUCCAAAAUUGCUUGAAGAGUUGAUGAAUUCCAAUGAAUCAAUCCCAAAGAAGUUAGAUGAGAAAAGUGCUCUGGCAUUGGAUCAAGAGAAGGUGUCAUAUAUCAACAACGAAGCUGAAUUCAGAUUCUUGUUCAAUGAGGACGCCAUGGCCACUGAAAAGUUGUCACAGGGCAUCAGAAGCUUCGCCAAGGACGCUAAAACUUUACUCGCUCAAUUGGAGACCAGAUUCAAGUAG